CCACCUACUCCUAUUGUAGCAGUGGCCUCCUUCCUAGUUCUAAUUUUCUUCGCAAUAUGCUGCAGCAAUACCAUUCGCUAGAUCAACAAUCCAACGGCUCCAAUUCUCUCAAACACGUCACCCAUUUCCAAACCCCUACUCCCAAAAAUCUCCCAAAUCUCCAACUCCAAAAUACUCUAUACUCCGGAGCCAAAGCUUAACGAAGCAGCCAGCCGUGACUCCUCUCCUCUCCGGACUUAAAAAUAAAAAUCUCAGAUCCUUUUCUUCAAUCUCAAUCUGAUUCCGGCGAGCCAAAAUGAUGCCGCCGGAGCUUCAACCCCGGUCCUUCCGCCCUUACAUCUCUUCCUCCAUUAGCGCUCCUUCUUUCUCCUCCUCCUCCUCCUUCAACAAUGGCUCCCCUUCUCCGUUCUCCUCUCCCGACUCUAACCCUAAUCAAAGAUUCCCCACCACCACCACCUCCUCUUCCAGAUCGCUCAAAAACUCUCGAUUCUCAGCAACAUCCUUCGCCUACAACGCUCGAAUCGCCAUCGCCCUCAUCCCCUGCGCCGCCUUCCUCCUCGACCUCGGCGGAACCGCCGUGCUCGCCACCCUAACCGUCGGCCUCAUGGUCUCCUACAUCCUCGAUUCCCUCAACUUCAAACCCGCCGCCUUCUUCUCCGUCUGGCUCUCUCUCCUCUUCUCUCAAUUCGCCUUCUUCUUCUCCGCCACCACUUCUCUCCGCCAGUCCUUCAACUCUCUCCCUCUCACUCUCCUCUCCGCCUUCCUCUGCGCCCAGUCCAACUUCUUGAUCGGAGUCUGGUCUUCUCUCCAAUUCAAAUGGAUCCAAAUCGAAAACCCUUCCAUCGUUCUCGCCCUCGAACGCCUCUUAUUCGCUUCCGUCCCCUUCGCCGCCUCCUCUCUCUUCACCUGGGCCACCGUUUCCGCCGUCGGCAUGCCCAAUGCCGCUUACUAUCUCAUGGCCUUCAAUUGCAUCUUCUAUUGGCUCUACUCCAUUCCUCGAAUCUCAUCCUUCGCCUCCAAGAACGACGCCAAAUACCACGGCGGCGAGGUUCCCGACGAUAACUUAAUCCUCGGCCCCCUCGAAAGCUGCUUCCACACCCUAAAUCUCCUCUUCUUUCCUCUCGUCUUCCACAUUGCCUCUCACUACUCUGUCAUUUUCUCCUCCGCCGCAGCCAUCGCAGACUUAUUUCUCCUCUUCUUUAUCCCCUUCUUGUUCCAGCUCUAUGCGUCCACCAGGGGCGCGCUUUGGUGGAUCACCAAGAAUCCUAACCAGCUGCAUAGUAUCCGCAUCGUCAAUGGCGCCGUUGCUUUGGUUGUUGUGGUGAUUUGUUUGGAGUUUAGGGUUGUUUUCCAUUCGUUUGGGAGGUACAUUCACGUGCCUGCCCCGUUGAGUUACCUUCUUGUGACUGUUGCCAUGCUUGGAGGUGCUUCCGGAGCUGCUGCUUAUGCUGUGGGAAUGAUUUCCGAUGCGUUUAGCUCCGUAGCUUUCACCACAUUGGCUGUGAUAGUCAGUGCUGCCGGUGCAAUUGUUAUUGGAUUUCCUAUAUUGUUCCUCCCGCUGCCUUCUGUUGCUGGAUUCUAUUUGGCUCGAUUUUUCACUAAUAGGAGCCUGCCAUCAUAUUUCGGCUUUGUUGUGCUUGGUAGCUUGAUGAUUACAUGGUUUGUGAUGCAUAAUUUCUGGGACCUUAAUAUUUGGAUGGCAGGCAUGUCCCUGAAAUCCUUCUGUAAAUUCAUAAUUGCAAACGUUGUCCUGGCCAUGGCUGUUCCUGGUCUAGCUAUUCUACCCUCAAAAUUUCAUUUUUUGAUUGAGGGUUCUUUAAUCAGCCAUGCAUUGCUACUAUGUUACAUUGAGGAUCGAUUUUUCAAUUACUCUAGCAUUUACUAUUAUGGAUUUGAGGAUGACGUGAUGUAUCCAAGCUACAUGGUUAUUGUAACUACUUUUGUGGGUUUGGCUUUGGUGAGAAGACUAUCUGUGGAUCAUCGAAUUGGACCAAAGGCAGCUUGGAUUUUGACUUGCCUCUAUUCUUCGAAGCUGGCAAUGCUGUUGAUUACAUCAAAAUCCGUAGUAUGGAUGGCAGCUGUUCUUUUAUUGGCCAUUUCUCCCCCAGUGCUUCUUUACAAGGAUAAAUCAAGAACAGGCUCAAAGAUGAAACCUUGGCAAGGUUAUGUUCAUGCUGCUGUGGUUGCUUUAUCUGUAUGGUUUUGCCGAGAAACAAUUUUUGAAGCCCUCCAAUGGUGGAACGGGAGAUCUCCAUCUGAUGGUUUACUUCUUGGAUUUUGUAUUCUCUCUAUGGGAAUGGCUUGUAUACCCAUAGUAGCGCUCCACUUCCCUCAUGUACAGUCUGCUAAGAGAUGCCUAGUUUUGGUGGUGGCAACGGGUCUUCUGUUUAUCCUAAUGCAACCACCAAUCCCAUUGUCAUUGACUUACCGGUCUGACCUUAUCAAAGCUGCUCGCCAAUCUGCUGAUGACAUCUCCAUCUAUGGAUUCAUGGCCACAAAGCCUACAUGGCCAUCUUGGCUGCUUAUUUUGGCAAUUCUGCUUACUCUAGCGGCUGUGACAUCCAUCAUCCCAAUUAAGUACAUGGUUGAGUUGAGAGCAUUUUACUCCAUAGCCAUGGGGAUUGCUCUGGGUGUCUUCAUAUCAGCUGAGUACUUUCUUCAGGCUGCUGUCCUGCAUGCCCUUAUUGUUGUAACUAUGGUAUGUGCUUCUGUGUUUGUGGUCUUCACUCAUUUCCCAUCUGCCUCAAGCACAAAGGUUCUACCAUGGGUAUUUGCUCUUCUUGUGGCUCUCUUUCCUGUGACAUAUCUUUUGGAGGGACAAGUGAGGAUCAAGAACAUCCUAGGAGAUGGUGGAUUUGGAGACAUGGGAGAGGAAGAGAAGAAGCUCACAACUCUGCUGGCUGUUGAGGGGGCAAGGACGUCUCUUCUUGGUCUAUAUGCAGCUAUCUUUAUGCUUAUAGCUCUGGAGAUAAAGUUCGAACUUGCCUCACUUAUACGAGAAAAGGCUCUUGAAAGGGGUGGAAUUAGACAUAAUCAAUCUGGUCAUAGCAGCUCCUCUACUUUUCCCCCAAGAAUGAGAUUCAUGCAACAGCGUCGGUCUUCUACUGUAGCAACCUUCACAAUCAAGAGGAUGGCAGCUGAGGGAGCCUGGAUGCCAGCUGUUGGUAAUGUAGCUACGGUGAUGUGCUUUGCCAUAUGCCUUAUCUUGAAUGUCAACCUCACAGGUGGAUCCAAUCGUGCAAUAUUCUUUCUGGCACCUAUAUUGCUUCUUCUCAACCAGGACUCCGAUUUUGUUGCUGGAUUUGGGGACAAGCAAAGGUAUUUCCCUGUUACGGUAGUCAUAUCAGCUUACCUGGUUGUGACAGCUCUGUACAGCAUAUGGGAAGAUGUCUGGCAUGGGAAUGCAGGGUGGGGCCUCCAAAUUGGUGGGCCAGAUUGGUUGUUUGCGGUAAAGAAUUUGGCCCUGCUUGUUCUUACGUUCCCCAGCCAUAUCCUUUUCAACAGAUUUGUGUGGAGUUAUAAGAAGCAGUCAGACUGGAUGGCAUUGAUCACGUUGCCCCUUAAUCUGCCAUCUGUUAUAAUUACAGAUGUGCUUAAGAUUAGGAUUUUGGGACUUUUAGGAAUUAUUUAUUCCCUAGCCCAGACUCUAAUCUCUAGACAACAAUUUAUCUCUGGAUUGAAGUAUAUUUAGACUAAUACAAACUCUGUACAAUAUGUAUUGGCAAUUUUCAAGUGAGGAAUUACAGUUCAGGUUUGUCUUGCA